UCGAGUUUUGUCCUUUGCAAAGCAAAAGCACAUUCCCCCUUGGCCUUUUGUUUUCUUGGUCAAUAUCUCCACUUGCCUACGACCCUGCAGCCUGCAUCGCAACUUGAACCGAAACUCGGUUCUGGGACAUACAGAGACCCCGAUUGAGUUGAUUGGUGUGCUGUUAGGACAAGCAAGCACCAAGACGAUGUCAUCCACAAACAAAUGCACACCCGGCAGGCCUGAAAAGAUGAUUCGCAAGCAUCCAAGUGCCGUUGGUCGCGCCCGGUACCAGCGAACUGUCAUUGACAGCGAUGAUGACCACGGCUACGACGAGAAAGCCGUCCAGCGCCCCGAGGAGGAACCGGUUGGGCAGGGCAGCACGCGUCGUCUUACUCCUUCGGCGUCGCCAGCGCUGGUCGCGCAGGACUCCGACCUGCUACCUGCCAUUGCUAAGUGUCUGAGCUCGAUUCCGACAGGGGAGAUCGCUUUUGGGGGCGAGGCUGGCGGCAUGCCCCAUGCAACUCUCGACAUAUUCAGUGUCGGCCAAGUGUCAUACCCAUACGACGAGCAUCAGCUGUGCAAGCUUAAGACAUUCGCCAAAGAGUUGCGGGCAAAACAGUUCGGCAUCAACUGGGACGACAUCAAGAAGACCCCAACCUGGGUCAUUCCUGGGAGCGGUGUCACUGUCCAGCACCCUGAGUGGCAGGACUUUCUCGCCGGGAUUGUUGCUCGUGCAGCCGAAUACCUGGGCUUUGGAAACGCAAAGCUUACCACCGAGCUGGACGCCCUCUAUCUUUGGGAAAAGGGCUCGUUGUUUAGGGACUACCACAACGACUACUACGAUCCCCUACGUGUUGGCACGCUCCUCAUCAUUCUCAACAGAGACUACAGGGGAGGAGAGGUUGCCAUCACCUGUCACGAGAGAGAGAUGAUCUUCGAUCCAGCCGCAGCCAAGUCGCGCUCCUUCUUCAUUGCCAGGUAGCUCGCUCCCAGCCGUAUUCUCAGGUUCAGUCAGGCUUGCACGUCAUAUCUAACUCAUCCCCAGCCACAACGGAGUCAAGUACGACAACCUCCCGCUGGCAGAGGGCUUCCGCCUGGGCCUGUCCUACGAUCUGCGCCUCGCAACCCACGACGGC